UACCACAGCUUCGUGUUGAUUACGACAGCAGCAUUCCAAUAGCCUCAAAGCAAAAUUCCAUGAGCUGUUUGAUCAAACUGCUCUCAUAAAAAUCACAUCUUGAUUCCCUCUUUCUUCUCAAAAUUGCCGCUGUUUUGGAUUUAUUUAUUUUAAUUAAGAGAAAUUAAUUAAUUGUAUGUCGGCGAUCGGUAAAAUGCAGACGGAGGCGAGGGUCGGAGUGGUGGUGGAGGGAGGCGGCCUGAGUGCGCCGACGACGUCGUCGGUGGUGGUCGAGCCGCCGCCGCGCCAGAGGCAAAUCGGCACCGCCCCGCAGCUCCUCGCCGGCGGCCUCGCCGGAGCCGUGAGCAAGACCUGCACCGCCCCUCUCGCCCGCCUCACCAUUCUAUUUCAGGUGCAGGGAAUGCACUCCGAUGCGUCUAGGUUGGAGAAGGCAAGCAUAUGGCGUGAGGCGUCGAGGAUUGCUAGGGAAGAAGGCGUGAGGGCGUUUUGGAAGGGGAAUUUGGUGACGAUCGCGCACCGGCUCCCGUAUUCUUCGAUCAGCUUUUAUGCGUUUGAACGCUACAAGAAUAUGUUGCAAGCUACAUUAGGAGUUGAGGGCCAAGGAGAAAGCAUCGGUGCAGACCUUUGCGUACGGCUUUUAGGUGGUGGUCUUGCUGGAGUGACCGCCGCGUCAGCUACCUAUCCGUUGGAUCUUGUCCGGACGCGCCUUACAGCGCAGACAAAUGUGAUCUAUUACAGAGGGAUAUUCCAUUCCUUGCGUACCAUAAGCAAAGAAGAAGGUUUUCGUGGCCUUUAUAAAGGACUUGGUCCCACUUUAUUGGGUGUUGGCCCAAAUUUGGCUAUUAGCUUUUCAGUCUAUGACACUGCAAGAUCUUAUUGGCAGCUUCAUAGGCCUCAAGACUCAAUUGUUCUAGCAAGCCUUGUUUGUGGGAGUUUUUCAGGAAUUGCAUCAUCAACAGUGGCGUAUCCUCUGGAUCUUGUGAGGCGGAGAAUGCAACUGGAAGGAGCCGGUGGCCGAGCUCUUGUUUACAGAACAGGCCUGGUCGGGACACUGAGGCAAAUAAUCAGAAAGGAAGGUUGGCUUGGCCUAUAUCGCGGGAUUCUACCCGAAUAUUACAAAGUUGUGCCCAGUGUUGGCAUCGUCUUCAUGACCUAUGAAAAGUUGAAGCAGAUCCUCUCAAACAUCCCCGAAAGCUAGAUGAGUUCACCUCGUAUGCUUCCAAUGUUUCUUGCUUUUACUAAGUUUUAUUCCAAUUGUUGUAUAGUCACAAAAGAAAAUGGAUAACUAAAUUGUAUCAUACAUUGAGCUACAUUUUGAGAUUCCACAUAGUGCUUAUGGCUAAAUUGAACUUCAAA